UUUACCGUCGCGGCAAUGCUCGUCCGAUCGCUAGAUCCUGCGGCAGCUCAGCACCUGCUCGCCGAUUAGCAUGGAGAGACGCGGUGCACGACGAGAGACCGAUGCUUCAGGACUUCCGGACGGGAUUUCCGAGGCUUAUGUUAAGGGCGACGGGCUCUGUAAGAGAAGUUCGCGAUGGUGGCACGCGAGAGCGAGAAUCGUGGCGACGAUACUGAUCUGCGUGUUCGUCAGUGCAAUGAUCGUUUACUGGUUCGUCAGUUCGAUCAUGGAGAAUCGACGGGACGGCAGGCACAGAGGCUCGUCCGGCGGGAAAUCUCGUAAAACGUCUCAUCUCGAGAGACUGCCCGAUCACGUUUUACCGUUGGAAUACACCUUGAAGGUACUGCCCAUACUGGAAGAGGGAAAUUUCACCACCUACGGCGACGUGCAGAUUCAAUUCUGCUCCAAGAUCCCGACCAAGCGCAUACGUCUACAUGCGCGCAAACUCCUCAUACGCGACAUCAGCGUGACCGAGUAUCACGAUUGUUCGUCGAACACGUCGAAAUUGAUCAAUAGAUACGUCCAGAUGGACGAGGAGAACUUUAUCGACGUGAUUCUGCUGCAAAUGCUGAUGGCGGGUCAGACUUAUGUUUUGCACAUCAAAUACACGGUCCCGUUGCUUCAGAAAGCUAAGGGAUUUUUCAGGAGUUCGUACGUCGAUCGUGACACCAACGAAACCAGGUGGAUCGCGGUGUCGAACUUGUCGCCAGACAACGCUCGGAUGGCCUACCCAUGUUUCGAUGAGCCGUGGAUGAAGGCGCCGUUUCGCAUCUCGAUCGGCAGAAAAUCGAACAUGCAAUCGCACUCCAAUUCGAUGCGCAAAGUCACCGAAGAGAUACGCGACUUGCCGGGAUACGUGUGGGAUCAUUACGAAAAAACUUUACCGAUGCCCACUUACCUGGUUGCCUUCAUGGUCACCGAUUUCUUCGGCUACCACGCCAACGUCACCGACCGACCGUCGCACACCAUCUUGUCUAGGAGAGAGGUCGCGAACGACACGAGAUAUUUGGGCGACCUGAUACCGAAGGUGCUCCGAUUAAUACAAAACUUUACCGGGUUCUACUACGAGCUGGACAAGCUCGACGUGAUCGUGCUCCCCAAGCUGACGUUUUCCGCGAUGGAAAACUGGGGCCUCAUAUCGAUUCAGGAGGACAUAGCUGUUCUAAAGGAGACUGGCGGUAGCAUAAACGCCAGAAAAAACCUUGCUAAUAUCAUGGCGCACGAAGUCGCCCAUCAGUGGUUUGGUAAUCUGGUGACGCCCAGGUGGUGGGACGACGUGUGGUUAAAGGAAGGUUUCUCCUCGUUUUUCGGAUUCUUAGCGUUAAGCGUGUUGGAGCCCAUGCUCUGGGACCGGCAGGCCAGCUUCCUCGUCGAGUGCCACGACGUAUUUUACGAGGAUGCCAUCGAGACAGCACACCCGUUGCACAUUGAUUUGCGAGGGCUGAGUGGGCUCAAUGACGUCUUUGAUUUGACGUCGUACGUCAAGGGUAAUUGCAUGGCGCACAUGAUCUAUCAUUUUCUGGGCGAACGGAUCUUCCUCGCGUCCGUGCGCCGCUACAUGCGCACAUACUACUAUCGCAGCGCCGAUCAGGAGGAUCUCUGGAGCGCCUUCCAGGUGGAGAUCGACGGAGCGAGCGACGGGCUACCGUCUUCCUCCGGGCUGCGCAUGAAGGACGUUAUGCGAACUUGGACGUAUGAGGCUGGCUUUCCUGUCCUGCAUGUCCGACAGAAUCGUGAAACCGGUGCGAUCGAGCUUACGCAGGACCGAUUUUAUCAUUAUGGCCUAAAUAGUACGCGCGAAGAGUUAUGGCAUGUCCCGUUGACGUGGACAACCGAAAAUGAACAGCAAUUUGGUAAUACCUUGCCGAAGGCAUGGAUGGCCGAGAAACGCAUGAAAAUUAACGACACUGCCCUGAGCCGGGCGAGUUCCAGCGACCAGUGGAUUCUGUUCAAUAUCAAUCAAACGGCCUUGUAUCGCGUCAACUAUGACGUGGACAAUUGGAAACUGCUGCUAAAGUCCUUCCGAACUCUGCCAGAAGUGACAAAGGUGCAGUUGCUGGCGGACUCGUUCGCGAUAGCCAACGCCGGACUGCUCGACAUGAGAAUCACGUGGAGUAUCCUCGAGAAGCUGGAAGCGGAAAGUGGAGAGAUGCUCUGGACGCAUGCGAUAUUCACCUUGGACACUGUCUACGAUUACUUUUGGGACUCGAGCGUAUUUAAGUUCGUGAUGUGCAAGGUCACCGAUCAGGUGUACGCCGAGACGGCGCGGUCGCUGGUCCAUACGGAUCCCGCGUCGUGGACAGAAUUCAAGGUGAACGUAAUGAAAUGGGCAUGUUUGGUAGGCCAUCGGGCAUGCUUGACGGCGGCCCGCGACUUCGUUCAAAAAAUGCUGCGAAACGAGUCGCUGAGCUCGUCCGUUCCAGAGGAAUUUCGCACCUGGACGUAUUGCGCGUUCGUGAAAGCGCUCACGGAGGAACAAUGGCUGGCACUUCUCGCGAGAUACGACGAAUCGACGGCGCACGAUAAGGAGAGCCUCGCCUUCGCAUUGGGAUGUCACGUCAGCGCGAGGCUGCUGCGAAGAUACCUGUCUACGAUGUUUUCGCAAGGCAACAUUACGUACUCACACGCGGAGAAGGCUCUGAUGUCCGCCGUGAUAAAUCCGCACGGGUAUCGCGUCGCGGCGGACUUUCUGACCGAACACUGGAACAAGUUCAGUGCGAACGAGGCGGAAGACAAUGGCACGGGGUCCCGGAAGAUCAUCGGCCAUCCGAUGACGCCGCACGCCGGCAAUCCGACGUCUGCUAUAGCCAAGAAGGGAAAGCCACGGAGGCAGCAGUUACCAUCGGCAGCCACCCUCAGAAAGUGGUGGCCGUGGUGGUUGCUGCUACCAGGAUGUUUGGCGUCGUGGACGCGAUACGUCGAGGAGUACGACUCCAUUCGAGUGGCCAGGUGCGACGCCCGAUGCGGGGAGAGCCAUCCUGACGAGUGUGUGGAGAAUUGUCUGGCGUCGAAUUACACGAAACCCGGAUACUGCCCGGAGAGAACGUUUAUGACGCCCUUCGAAGCCGCCUGUUUGGUCGCCUGCAUCGAUGACUCUCGUUGCCCGGAUUUGGCCAAGUGUUGCAGCCACGAUUGCGGUGUCACAUGCAUGCAUCCUGUCGGUUUAGACAGUCGAAAUGACCUGCCAGUCGUACCGGAGAACUUACGGAUACGACAGCAGAAGAGCAACCUAGUGCUCCUGACUUGGCGCAGCGGCAGGCUGACCGCCAACAACGUGUCUUCCUCCUCCUCCUCCUCCUCUUCUUCCUCCUCCAACGACGACGAUGAGGACGUUCGAUACCUGGUGGAGGAGCGUCACCUGAUCGGACCCAGAUAUCUGGAAUCUAGACUGAGUUCCUGGACCGUAUGCCACGUGUCGACGAAGCCGCACGCAACCCUCCGUGGCCGGCUGAAGACCGGACACUGGUAUCAGUUUCGCGUGGCGGCCGUCAAUGGAAACGGCUCUCGCGGGUACUCACAACCCUCUAGACCUUUCAAAACAAAAGAGCCGAGAAAUCCGAAGGAGCCGCAGAAUCUGACGUUGUCAAACGCGCGUCUCGUCGGCGGAAAGCUGCGCAUCAAUCUGCGAUGGGUGAAGCCAACGUCGGAUAUACCGAUAUCGUUCUACAAAGUGUUCUGGAGCAGACUCAUCCACGGGCCGACCAACGACUCCAUCCUCGUCUACCACAAGACAGUCCUGAAAGAUAAGACGUGCUACGAGCUAAAGAACCUGGAGCUGAAGUGCCAGUACUUCCUGCAGGUGCAGGCGGUGGCGGUAUACGGCGGCCGGCGUUUGGCGUCGCGCAAGGCCUCCAAGGUGUUCAACAGCACCGACUAUAUGGCGUACGCCGACGUCGGGAGACGUUCUCGCAGGUGCGAGCGAACCCAGGCCGGUCUCCAUGUGCGUCGCAUGAGCUGCCACUGCGGCGACGUGAAGGUGCGCCUAGUCUGGCCGGCGAACGGCGACGCCAAGAUGUACAACAUCACGUGGCGGGAGGAGUCUUGCUCGCGCGAGAAAAGCUCGGAACAUCGACGGAGACCCGCCGCGUGGCAGCUGGUCCAGACAUCGCACUACGAUCUGCAGCAACUGCGAAACGACUGCACGUACAGCGCGAAUGUGCGAAACGUACUGAAGGAUGACAGAAGCGACGGUCAUGGGGCGAGUAUAGAGUUCUUCGCGACCGGAUGUCAGGAUGAUCAGAAGCGGCAGAAGCACUCGCGGCGGAAGACAGCGAGAUGUAAGACGAAACCGUCCAGAUCUAGACGGCACUUCGCCGGUCUGUUUGUGAUAUGAACUCGCUAACGGCGAAGGUGAGGCGACUGGACGGAUUGUAAGUCGUCACGGUGUUCGUGAUCCACGGGUGUUGACGGUAAUGUCCAUCGUUCGCGAAUAUUGUCGGAGGGACUUGUAUUUCAUUUGUGCCUGUUAAGGACUAUCGUGUUGCGCAAAGUUGAAAUGUUUUCUCGGGGAAGAAGAGCGCGCGAGGUCCCUCUGCGAUUUUCCGAACGUUUGGAAGCAGCUCUUCCCCCGAACGAUUUCGGUAUGUGAGCUUUGUUCGCGGUGAAUGGCCGAGUCUGAGUGGAGCGUAACGUAAGAUUUUUACAUACGAAUCUUUUUUUAUAUAUAGAGAAAGGUAAUUAGAAUGUGUCUACUUUUAUGGUAAGAGAGGGUGUAAUGAAAUCGUAGUGCGUUCUAUGCAACGGAGUAUUAAGAAACGCUCGAUCACACGUUGACUUUCAUCUAAACGAAAAGUUAUUGGUGUCGCAAUUGCGCUUUCUUCUCAGCUUUCGUUCCGUUCAAAUAAGAUAUUUUUAUUUUCCCAAGAA